UCAGAGAGCAAGGACGUGGCCUCUACCGCCGAAUCAGACAACGAAAACUUAGAUACAACAGACCGAUCAGUAAUUGAUGAAUUAUUAGUAACUGGUGAAUUAUUGGCCACUUCCGUACAAGUGAGAGAGAUGAGGAAAGUAUUAAGUGAUGAAUUACCAGCGGGUCAAGUGUUACCGUCACUAAAGGAAGUGACAUCUAGACAAUCCAUCCAGUCAGUGGAGAAUGACUCAGCUCUGGAAGAAAUGAACUGGCUGGAGCAGUGCUGUCAGUAUCAUCGCUUAGUAGAAGCAAUAUAUUCAGCAGGGAAAAAUAAUAAUAUAGAAAACGAAAAGAAGGUGGAGAAGUUGCUAUAUUCCGGGGCACCCUUAGUAUCUCCUGGGUCGAUCUAUAACAGUCCACUUCACUUGGCCAUCACCUACAACUUACUGAACAUCUUGAGGCGCCUUCUGGAUAAUGGCGCUUCCCUGACAGCCAAGCACUUCGGCCUGGUUCCCUUCCAGGUAGCCUGGCGAGCCACAGGGGUCACUAGUGAAGUGAGCAAUUGCAUUACGAGGGCAGGCGCAGCACCAACACUAAGGACAGUAGCGGCACCACAGCCCUUCAUGCCGCCGUGCAAGCAGGAAAUUCGACACUGCACGUGCGCUUGUCAACGACAUGAAAGCAAACCUUUUCUGGCUGAUGAUGCAGGUCGACGGCCCAUCGACAUCCUCCCACCGCUGGAAGACAACUUCUAA